AUGGAAGCCAUAAAAUUUGAUUACAGUAAUACAGCUCUAAUAAUAUUUGGUUAUUCGUUUGUACUCUUGAUUUUAAUUACUUAUUUAUAUGUCUUUAUAUUAUUAAGAUUUUUAAUUAAAAUGAGUGAUUCAAUAACUGAGUCAAAUUCCUUCGAAAGAAAUGCUAAUGCCGUAAUAUUGGACCAUAAAUAUUUUCUGGUUCGUUUGAUUUACAAGGGGAGGAGUCACAACUUGUAUUUAGGUAAUUAGGUAAAUCUAAUAGGAAGUGUAGCUUUAAAUAAGGAUGAUCCGAAUACCUACUAUUUAGUGGAAAUGAAAAGGUAUAGAGAAUUAAAUAAACGAUAGUUAAGAGUAGUACAAUUCCUUUGUGUGUGAUGAAAGGAUUGUAAAGAAAAUGCAUGAUUGUACUAAUUAUAAAUACAUUGAUUUUAGUGCAGCUCAUUCCAAAGACCAUUCAAUCCGGAAUUUAUAAGUAUAAGAAUAUGGAAUAUCGAUAUAAUAUAAAGGAGAGAUGCGGGCCAUCUCUUAAACUAUGUUUUCAACAUCAAAAUCGGAAGUUUUCGGAUUAAGUGUUUGCUACUCUGGCAAUCGAAGCGGUAAUACUGAGAAUGUAAAUCUAGAUAUCUGCGUUGGAGAAAAUGCAUUAGGCAUCAAUAGUUCAUUGUUAUUUGAAGCCCAAGAAAUUUGUGACGCUUUAUAGAGGAGUUCAAUUGCUUUUAACUGACCUAAAAUUUGCCUAGAAAUACAAAUUAAGGUAGAUCCUAAAUCAGAAUACGAAAAACAAAUUUCAAUAUGCCUUAGCUUUAAAUAAAUAUUCAAGUCUGAAUCUGCAUUUAGGGAUAAGUAAGCCUAUAGUUAAAUCAAGAACCGUGUCCUAGAGAUGAUCUAGAAUCUUUGGCUUACAUUCUGAUAAACUUUUAUAUUGGAGGUCGACUAUUUAAGACGAAGCAGAAGAAAACGAAAAGCGAUAAGAUAAAGGAAGUCGAGUUACAAAAGAUGAAUCUGAUAAUUGAGAAGGCUUUUCCGUCUCUGCCAAAAGAAAUAAUUUAAUUUUAUUACAAUGUUAAGUUGUCCAAUCUUGAUCAGUACAAAGUAAUCAACUACGAUGAAUUGAAGUCCUACUUUUAUAAAAUGAUGCAGAAAAACAAUAACACAACUAUUUUGAAGUCUUAUCCAUGGGUAAUGCUAUUAUCAAUAUGAAGAAUCAAGAAUUGAUCGACCCUCAAAAAUAGAGUUCUAUCAGUAGUUUAUCUUCUGUUGUUGAAGAUGAUGAAAACGAAUCCGAUGAUUCAUUGAUAGAAGAAUAAUCAAUUCUGAGUGUUAUUGAGAAUUUGAAAUAAAUUACUAAAACUAAAAAACUACUUUCGGAAUUGGAUAAUUGA